AUGGACACACUUAUUCCGAAAAUGAAAUUGGAUAAUUUUGGACUUGAAAAAUUACAGACCGCGGAACGUAGCUCCGGCUGGGAAACACACAGGGUUCGAUUAAACAGGGUGCCUGGCUACGGUUUCGGUAUCGCCGUGUCUGGGGGUAGAGACAACCCGCACUUCGCGAGCGGCGACCCUUCCAUUGCUGUUUCUGAUGUGCUGAGAGGUGGUCCUGCGGAAGAUAAACUACAAGUAAAUGACAGGAUAGUAUCUGUAAACGGAGUGCCUUUAGAGAAUGUGGAAUACGCGCGGGCGGUUCAAGUUCUACGGGAGUCUGGAGCAACAGUAUCUCUUGUGGUUCGGAGACGAGCUCCGGCCCCACCACCGACCGCCCCCACCACCAUUAAGUUGGCACUCACUAGGAAUGGGAAGAAAGAAGAUUUUGGCAUCGUUCUUGGCUGCAAAAUCUAUGUCAAAGAGCUAACAAUGCGAGCAAGAGAACAGCUAAACCAAGCUGGUCAAGGAUUAUGUGAAGGAGAUGUUAUUACUCGAAUCAAUAACACAGCAGUAACAGACGCAAUGACUCUGAAGGAAGCUAAGAAGCUCGUUGAGUCUUGCAAGGACAGACUCAAUCUGGUCAUCACUAGAGAACUUAUAAGAGAAGAGACUGUGACCAAUGGGAAUUACAAUCAAAACAAUUAUAGUAGCCUAGAUUUCUCAUCUUCAGAGGCUACACCUCACACAACGUUCCCGAACAGUGGUGACAAUUUGUCAUCACCGUAUUCUAGCAGUGGACAGAACUUAUAUGUAGCGGCGCCAGUACGAAGUGACAAUAGACGAGGAAUGUCUCAUGAUGAACAGCCUCCAAGGCCACCUCCUCCGAGGAGUGACGAUUACUACAGUAGUCGUAGGCAAUUAUAUGAAGAGGAUGGCAUGACCAAUCAAAGAAAUAAGCCACCGAGUGAACCGCGACUAAUAAGCUUCCAGAAGGAAGGGUCGGUGGGGCUGCGGCUGUGCGGCGGCAACCGCUCCGGCGUGUUCGUGUCGGGCGUGCAGGCCGCCAGCCCCGCCGCGCUGCAGGGCCUGCAGCCCGCGGACAAGAUACUUAAGGUGAACGACAUGGAAAUGAAGGGUGUGACUCGGGAGGAAGCGGUACUGUUCCUGCUGAGUCUACAGGAGAGGAUAGACCUCAUAGUGCAGCACUCGCCGGAAGAAUACAACGCGGUCGCUAGUGGGCAGAUCCCGGGAGAUUCCUUCCACAUCAAAACCCACUUCCACUACACGGAGCCGACGGAGGGCGAGAUGUCGUUCCGCUGCGGAGACGUGUUCCACGUGCUCGACACCCUGCACAACGGCACCGUCGGCGCCUGGCACGUGUACCGGAUAGGCCGCAACAACCAGGAGGUGCAGAAGGGCACGAUCCCGAACAAGGCGCGCGCGGAGGAGCUCGCCACGGCGCAGUUCAACGCCACCAAGAAGGAGCUGUCGGGCGCCGACGCCAAGCACUACUUCUUCCGCCGCCGCCGCUCCACGCACCGCCGCAGCAAGAGUCUGGGCAAGGAGCACUGGGACGAGGUGGUGCUGUCGGACAGCAUCAGCAAGUUCCCGGCGUACGAGCGCGUGGCGCUGCGGCCGCCGGCCUUCGUGCGCCCCGUCAUCGUGCUGGGCGCCGCCGCCGACGUCGCGCGCGCCCGCCUGCUGGCCGACUGUGCCGACAAAUUCGCUUCGCCACAAAUGGACAACACGUUAGAAGAUAGUAAGUCGAAGUCGACCGGUAUCAUCCGACUAUCGAGCAUCAGGAGUAUAAUGGAGAAAGGCAAGCACGCACUAUUGGACAUCACGCCGAACGCUGUCGACAGACUCAACUACGCCCAAUUUUACCCCAUUGUCAUAUUCUUGAAAGCAGACAGCAAACAUAUUAUAAAACAAUUAAGAAGUCGUUUACCCAAAUCAGCCCACAAAUCCUCAAAGAAGCUUCUAGAACAAUGCCAGCACAUGGAGCGCGUGUGGGGCCACGUGUUCACGCACACCAUCACGCUGUCCGACGCCAACCUUAACACGUGGUUCGGCAAGCUGUGCGAGCUGGUGCAGCGCACGCAGGCGCAGAAGCUCUGGGUGUCCGAGACCAAGCACGUUGAAAUGGUGUCGGACAUAUAUUUUCCACAACCGCCAUCCCCCUACCCCGCCUUCUAUCCCAUAUCUUAUCCCAUCAAUUACUAUCCGCCAUCUCCACAAAAACCACGCACGAACAUGUCUCCAUCAAACUCGAAUACUAACCACACUAAUCGCCACGAUAUUUAUGAUGCUAAUAGAAAUCAUGUGGUUCCAUAUUACUACUCUGAAACAAUGCCGUGCAUGCCUAAUAACAUGUAUAAUGUGCCUAAAUCUUAUCCUCAUAGAAACAGACAUGGCUUAUUCAGUUCAUACGACGAGAGACAAAAUUUCCAAAGAUCGAAAAUGAACCCUAGGUUACAAAAUUCCAGCAUCAGUCCAGAACUUUCCCAAAUUUUCAAUAAAAGUAAUACUUCUCAACCAUACAGGCCAUACAGUGUUUUGGAAACGUCUACGAAAUCUCCUGUGCCAAAUAUACAAAGACCAACUUCGGUUGUUCCAAUAUCUGAUAACUUUAGACCAGCUUCAUUAUUUUUCAAAGAUGAAUUGGAAAAGUCCAAUGAAGUACCAGAAUGGAAAGCUCGUCUUCAAAAAGAGAUGCCUAUUCGGCCUAUAUUGGACAAAUCUAUGAAAAAAAUUUGCUUGAUUCCCAAUUGUAAAUGCAAUGACAAACCAAUCAAUAAUCUUAGAUAUAGCGAAUCUCGGACUCUUCCAUCUGCCUCAGUCAGAUCUCUUGACAAAGUCAAAAAUCUUUCUUUGCCAACUCUCAAGUUGGAUGAGUUGGACAAAAUAGGAAAAGAUGAGGAUAGUGCGGAAAGAGAUGAUGGCUUAAAUAAACCUGUAUCAGAACAACAUUUAGGUUACGUU